AAGGUCCAAAGGGUAGUAGGUCACUGAUAGAAAGAGAGGUGCGAAAAGAGUUAUAAAAGGUCAAAGCUCAUGACCUAAUGACGAAGAAAAUGGAAAAUGGGCGUGAUUAUAUGUAAUAAGAAACUUGACUUGUCCCCGUUGUCUCCCAUAGUCGAUUCUUUGGAAAGCAGAAAAUUUUUCGACAGCUAGCACAAUGAGGAUAUCAACUGAUAGCUUCUCCAUGUUUCUUUCCUUAACCUCUGUUAUCGUGAUUCUGAUAAUCUCAGAAGCAGAAGCUACUGACAGGAUAACAACAACUCAGUUCCUUAGAGAGAAUGAAACAAUAGUUUCGUCUGGCGGCAGCUUCGAAUUGGGAUUUUUCCGACCAGGUAGUUCCCAGAAUCUCUACUUGGGAAUUUGGUACAAGAAAAUAACAACCCGAACUGUGGUGUGGGUUGCCAACAGAGAAGCUCCCCUUACCAAUCAAUCAGUCAUCUUGAAGAUAUCCAGCCCUGGAAUUCUUAAUCUUUAUAAUGAAACCGGCUUCAUCAUCUGGUCUUCCAAUACCUCUAGGAGCGUAGAAGAUCCAAUCGCGCAGCUGCUGGAUUCAGGAAAUCUUGUUGUGAGAGAAGCAAAUGAUGAUAACCCAGAGAACUUUCUCUGGCAGAGCUUUGAUUAUCCAGGCAACACCUUUCUACCUGGCAUGAAGCUUGGGAAGAACUUGAUCACCGACCUCGAUAGGUACUUGUCAUCGUGGAAGAGCAACGAUGAUCCAGCCCCAGGUAAUACAUACAGGAUUGACACUCGCGGAUACCCACAAUUCUUUUUGAGGAAUGGUGCUAUUGAGAAAUAUCGGCCUGGACCAUGGAAUGGCCUUACCUUCUCUGGAACAAGCUUGAAACCGAACAAGAUUUUCAACUAUAGCUUUGUUUUCAGCAAGGAGGAGGUCUAUUACACUUAUGAGCUUAUUAACAGCUCAGUUGUUUCAAUAAGCGUGCUGAAUCAGAGUGUUGGUGUGAUGCAGCGCUGGACAUGGACUGAUAAUCGCGGUUGGAUCCUUUUCUCAGAAAUACCAAAGGAUAAUUGCGAUAUCUAUGCAUCCUGUGGCGAGUAUGGAAGCUGCAACAUUGGCAACAGCCCACAAUGUGGGUGUUUGGAUAAGUUUGUCCCAAGGCACCAAAACAAUUGGGACAGCGGAGAUUGGUCUAGUGGGUGCAUUAGGAGGGUGCCGUUGGCAUGCCGUGGUGGAGAAGGAGAAGGGUUCAUGAAAUAUUCCGGGCUCAAGUUGCCAGACACUCGGAAUUCAUGGUUUAACACAAGCAUGACACUUGAGGAAUGUAGGAAAAUGUGCUUGGGGAAUUGCUCUUGUAUGGCCUAUGCUAGGUUAGACAUAAGGAAAGGAGCAAGUGGUUGCUUGAUGUGGUUGGGCAGCCUGGUUGAUAUCAGAGAGACUGAUGAUGGGCAAGAUAUCUAUGUAAAAAUGGCAUCCUCCGAGUUAGGAUCCCAAGGGAAGAGAAGAGAAGCAAUUAUAGUAAGUCUGACAUUGGUCAUUGGAGUGUCUCUGCUAUGCCUGAGCCUGAGUUUGUAUUUUUGGAAAAAGAAACACAGGCAACUCGAGAGAACAGGAAUUAUGAGUCAUGGCUCUAGUCACACAGAAACCAGUAAAAGCCACAAGGAAGAUUUGCAGUUACCAUCAUUUGACUUGACUACAAUUGUGGAUGCUACUGAUAACUUUUCAUUGCACAACAAGUUGGGAGAGGGUGGUUUUGGCCCUGUUUACAAGGGUGUGCUGGAAGGGGGGCAAGAAAUAGCUGUGAAGAGGCUUUCAAGUAGUUCAAGACAAGGACCAGAUGAGUUCAAGAAUGAAGUUAUAUAUAUUGCCAAGCUCCAACAUCGGAAUCUUGUGAAACUUCUAGGAUGCUGCAUUCAGGGAGAAGAGAAGAUGCUUAUCUAUGAAUACCUGUCUAAUAAAAGCUUGAACUUGUUUAUUUUUGAUGAGACUCUAAGCAAAUUACUGGAUUGGCCUAAGCGCUUCCACAUUAUCAACGGCAUAGCUCGAGGGCUUGUCUAUCUUCAUCAAGAUUCCAGAUUGAGAAUAAUCCAUAGAGAUCUCAAAGCUAGCAAUAUUUUGUUGGAUAUUGACAUGACUCCAAAGAUAUCAGACUUUGGCAUGGCCAGGAGUUUUGGUGCCAAUGAAACAGAAGCCAAUACGAACAGAGUAGUCGGCACAUACGGCUACAUGUCUCCAGAGUAUGCAGUGGAUGGGAUUUUCUCAGUAAAAUCAGAUGUAUUUAGCUUUGGCGUGUUGGUGUUGGAGAUUGUUAGUGGAAAGAGAAACAGAGGGUUCUCUCAUUCAAACCACCUCCACAACCUUCUUGGGCAUGCAUGGAAACUCUACCAAGAGGGUAGGGCACUAGAAGUGGUUGAUGCAGCCAUAGUGAACUCAAUAUAUGUAUCUGAAAUGCUGAGGUCCAUCCAAGUGGCUCUAUUAUGUGUACAACAAUCCCCAGAAGAUAGGCCAAGCAUGUCAUCUGUGGUUUUGAUGCUGGGCAACGAUGGCGCACUACCUCAACCAAAACAACCUGGCUUUUUCACUGAAAGGAAAGUUGUUGAGUCUGAGUACUCAACAAGUAGAGACACACCCAGUUCAGUCAACGAGAUCACCAUCACACUUCUAGAAGCUCGAUAGAGAGGUGAACAAAGUGGGUGGAGAAAUCAAUGUGGCAAAGAAUGGACAAUGCAAUUGUACCUGCUUCUCACUACACUAGAAGAAACUACAGGACAGCAUUCUCAAAUUCUCAACUAAAGUGUACUGAACAUAACUUGAUGGUUGGUAAAUUGUAUAAUAAUAAGACCCUUAAAAUAUGAAGUGGUCUUAAACACUCUUUUUUGAAAGGAAAUGCAUGCUUAACAAAUGAUUUAAAUCAUAAAAAGA